UCUACAGUAAGCAUAUGCUUUAUUGGCUAUUAAUAUUGGCUAAUUGAUUCUGAGUGUCAACAAGGUUUACCUCAAAGAAAAUCAAAAUUAAUAUUUUGAUAUUUCCUAAUUGCUUUUUCCUCCUACAGUAUCCUGACUUGCUAUGAGUAUUCCCAACCAUUCCUUGAUGGGCCCUUUCAGAGGACAUAUGAGUAUUAAAAGCAGCGCCUUUUCUCCAAGUUCUUCCUGCAAGCUCUCAAGCCAGUACAUUGUUCAAGAUCAUAUGGCUGUGCAUUACAGAAAACUGCUCGCCGCCAAAGCUGCUGUUGAUUCAUCUGCUCCAAAGAGUUUAAACACAAGCAUUAAAUACAGAGACCAACAGAAAAGAGAGAAACUCAUGAAAGCUGUUGAAAAAUUCAAGAAAGAAGUAGCAUUGAUCCAUUCUACACCAUCAUGUCAUUCUAGAGGUGUUUCCGCUAAGAAUCACAAUCAGUUAUCAAAUCAUCUGGAUUUGGUUCCAAGACCAAGAUCAUCUCCUUUGAGAAAAGAGGAGCAGAAGCCUUCCCAGCGAUCCAAGAAAAUGUAUGCAAGUCUCCAGCCCACAAUUUUGAAAGCAGAAGAUAUUCAAGGUUCACUCUUAUCUCGUACAUACAAAAAUUCACUCCAGCCAUGUGCAUUAUCUCUUUCCCUGUCUCCUGGGAAAUUGCGUCAGAGGCCUAAGAAGACAUCUACUAGUGGAGAUCUACUGGACACACAUGCUGAUUGGUUUACGGAAACAAAGCAGCCUUUUACCCCAAAGCUCUUAAAAACAGCAAGUAAAUCAUUUCUUUCAAACUAUAGAUAUUACAACCACCCAUGCAGGAAGAAGAGCCUUUCUCUUCAUACAAAAUCACACAAAAGCUCAAGAAAUGUUUACAGGUCUAUGGAUAAUGAGCGGCUAAGAGCUUAUACGGAAAACCCUCCAUGCCAUCCACUCAAGAAACAUUCCGGGAACUCAACUACUAUUCAAGCACUUCUUCGUGAAAAAAAUGAAGAGUUGAAGUACCUGCAGUUGCUUCAAGAAGUUACAAAUUAUAUUUUGCUUAGAAGUUAUUACUGGAAGAAGUCAUUAGGUGAUAUAAUUCGGAUGCAUAUUAUCAACAGGUGUGACCUUGAUGAGGUGAGUAAUAAUCAUAAACACUGCAAUGUAUUCCAGGAAUAG